GAAAAAAGAGGAAAACAGACCAAUGACAGACCAGUGGGAUUGGCCAAGCUCUUGUACUUUAGAUGUUGCAGCGGUGUGUCUUCAUGUUUGUGAGUCUAUGAAGAGGAGGGCAGUGAGGAAGGAGACAGAGACAUGAGACCACUUGUCUGCCUGUUCUAUGUUCUGAUCAGCGCUUUGGCGCAAGAUGCUGUCUGGAAUGAAUCCUCAUUUCUGAAUUGGGGCAGAAGUGAUCAAAGCCGGAUGGUGAACUACCGUGGACUUCAGGAAUCAGGAAAUUCUGAAUGGACAUCCUGGUUCAAUAUUGAUCAUCCUGGAGGAAAUGGCGACUAUGAGCUCCUUGAAGCAAUCCGCUUUUAUUAUCCAGCUCGUUUAUGUACCCGCCCGCUGGCCAUAGAGGCUCGGACCACAGACUGGGUGCUGGCAGAGGAAACAGGAGAGGUUGUGCAUUUCACCCCGGAAAAAGGUUUCUGGUGCAUCAAUAAGGAGCAAGCAGGAGGCAUAUCCUGCUCCAACUACCAUGUACGCUUCCAGUGUCCCUCAGCUAUGCAGUCGUACUGGACGUUCUGGUCAUCUUGGAGCUCCUGUUCAGCUUCAGCCUGCAGCGAUGCAGGUAUUCAGUCUCGCAGGAGGAAGUGCCUCAGCACCAAGCCACAUGCUUCACUUCAGACCCCGGUGUGUGAGGGCCAGCCAAUUCAGAGGAGAGAAUGCGCCACCCUGCCCUGCCCAGAUUCCAAGUGGAGCUCAUGGAGUUCAUGGACCCUGUGUACAGUGACCUGUGGUGGGGGGCAUCAGAGCAGGAAGAGGACGUGUAUAAAUGUGUCAGGCAAUCAGCAUUGUUUUGGGCGCCCUGCCGAGACCAGAAAAUGCAACAGAUCUCCCUGCCCUGCAUGCCAGCGCAUUUGUUCUGAGGGCAGAGUGAACAACGACUGCAGCGAAUGUGUUUGCCACGGUCACUUUCUGUCUGGGGAGGUGCGCACCUUGCAGGGGGCACCAAUCACAGGUGCGCGGAUCUUCCUUCGUGAACGGCCACGAGUCAUCCGGGUCAGGACUGAUGAGAAGGGCACCUUCCGAAUCCAAGGGGUCUGUGCCUCCAACCAGACCUUCAUCACAAUCAAGAAGGAAAAAUUUGCUCCAGUCACUUUACCCACUUUCACCAAUGCCACUGGGACAUCAUGGGUGAUGGCUACACUCCAAAGAGCAGAGCAGCCAUACAUAGUGAAGCACCCAGAGUCCAAAAUGCGAUUUGAAGGUGAGCGAGUAGCGUUCUGCUGCAAAGCCAAUGGAGCACCCAUGCCGGAGAAAUAUUACUGGUAUCACAAUGGGACCCUGCUAGACCGACGUGUGUACAAAUACGAUGACAUCCUAAUCCUGAGAGACCUGAAGCCCUGGCAGGCUGGGCAGUACCACUGCAAAUCCAGUAACGAGAUGGGUGUGAUCAAGUCCAUUCCAGCCCUCCUCUUGGUUGUAGCUAAAGACAAGCCUGCCUGCAACCCAAAACCAGAGGAACACCUCAUUAAGUUGCCACUAGACUGUGUCCAGCCAGGCAGUAAUUCCAUGUACUACAACGUCGGGCAAUGUCCUCAAACCAGGUGUGCAGGGUCCCUCGACUUUGAUCUGCGGUGUAAAGACAAGCAAGUCUUUUGUUGCAGUGCAGCACAAAUGAUCACAAGAGAAAUUAACUGUGGCAGCUACAAACUUCCAAUACGAGUAGUUUCCAAGUGUGGCUGCCAAACCUGCAUCCAACCCAAACUUGUGGUCCAGGGUCGUGUGGUAGCAGCAGACACGGGAGAGCCUCUUCGAUUUGGUCAUAUUUACAUUGGCAAGGAGCGAGUUGGAACAACAGGUUAUAAGGGCACCUUCACUAUUCAAGUUCCGCAAGACACUGAGAGGCUAGUGGUGAAAUUCAUGGACAUGUCAAUGAAGUUUGUGGACACAAUUAAGGUGUUCCCAUUUGACAGGAAAGGGGGGUCUGUCUUUCAUGAUGUGAAAGUGCUGAGAAGGAAAGAACCAAUAGAUGUGGACUCUUCAAAAUCCUCUACCAUCUAUCUGGGGGAGAUUCCAGGAGAGGAUCCCAUUGGUCAGAUCGUCAUACCACCCAACUCAUUCUAUAAGCCCAAUGGGGAAGCAUAUGAAGGCAUCGUAAAGACAAGUAUAACCUUUCUGGACCCAAGGAAUAUCAGCACAGCUUCAGCUGCACCUGGAGAUCUCAACUUUGUUAACGAUGAUGGGGAACUUUUUCCCCUUAGGACAUAUGGGAUGUUCUCAGUGGACUUCAGGGAUGGCACCACUAGUGAACAACUUCAAGCUGGAAAUCUUCAGAUCUACCUAGACAGUGAGCAUGUACAGAUACCAGAACACAUUCUGAAAAUGAAGUUGUGGUCUCUUAAUCCAGAGACGGGUAUCUGGGAAGAGGAAGGUGACCUGAAGUUUGGGGACAAUAAAAAUCGUAGCAAGCGUGAAGAACGUAGUUUUCUUAUUGGAAAUAUGGAGGUACGAGAGAGACGUCUGUUUAAUUUGGAUGUCCCCGAAGGCCGGCGCUGUUAUGUCAAAGUUCGAGCCUAUAUGAGUGACAAAUUCUUGACCACUGAACAGCUGGAAGGUGUGGUCAUCAGUCUAAUAAAUUUGGAACCCAUGCCUGGGUACUCUUCUAACCCAAGGGCAUGGGGUCGCUUUGACAGUGUCAUUACUGGUUCGAAUGGUGCCUGUCUACCAGCUUUCUGUGAUGCAGUAAGACCAGAUGCUUACACAGCUUAUGUUACGGCCACCAUGGGGGGUGAAGAGCUAGAGGCGGCAGCCUCCAGCCCUAAACUGAACCCUAAUGUCAUUGGAGUUUCCCAGCCCUACUUAGGUAAACUUGGUUACCAAAGAACAGAUCACAAAGAUUCAGCACUAAAGAAGACAGCAUUCAAGGUCAAUCUUGCAAAACCCAAUCCAAAUAAUAUUGAUGAAGCAAAUGGGCCUUUAUACGCUUACCAGAACCUCAAUGAGUGUGAGACUGCCCCAGUAACAGCAAACCACUUCCGUUUCUAUCGCGUGGAAGGAGACAAGUAUGAGUACAAUGUAGUUCCAUUCCAGGAAAGUGACCUUACCUCUUGGACUGGAGACUACCUUUCUUGGUGGCCAAAUCCACAGGAGUUUCGGGCAUGCUAUAUCAAAGUGAAAAUCAAUGGACCCACUGAAGUCAUGAUACGGUCACGGAACCUUGGGGGGACUCACCGACAGACCAAGGGAAAGCUGUAUGGGAUUCGUGAUAUGCGGAGUACACGUGAUAUGAGAUUGACAAACUCUUCAGCGGCCUGUUUAGAGUUUAAGUGUGCUGGAAUGCUUUUUGAUCAAAAUCUCGUUGAUCGAAGUCUGAUAGAGGUCAUACCCCAGGGCAACUGCAGGCGGGUUGGCAUUAACAGUCUCCUACAAGAGUAUUUAACAAAACACCCACCCCUGCGUCAAAAUAAUGACUCUCAUUCCUUCAACAUGUUGGCUCCUGUUGAUCCACUUGGACACAACUAUGGAAUUUACACCGUGACUGACCAGAAUCCCAGGCUGGCCAAGGAAAUUGCAAUUGGCAGAUGUUUUGACGGUACCUCAGAUGGCUUCUCAAGGGAAAUGAAGUCUGACCUAGGGAUUGGUUUGACCUUCAGCUGUCCAGAGAGGCCUGUAUCUAGACAGAGCCUCUUCCAACGCUUGCAAUUGUCCCCUGGUGCAACAAUUACCCAGAUUGGGCAGGACAUGAGGUCAGAGUUUGGAAGAGAAGUGGUGAGAGGCCCUUCCCAAGUGGUAGCCUACCCAGCCGGACAGAGGAGCAGGACGGUGGUCACCCAGAGACGUAACAACCCAAGCAGUACAAGUAGAAGAACAACUCAGACUCGAGCCCAAUCCAGACAGUGAAUUGCACCAAAGUCUCACCUUGGAAGAAAGAUUCUACAGAAGGAAAGCUAGCGGUAGCAGUCAGCCUCCCAUUGAUUCUUCAUAUAUAUUUUUUUAAUUAUUAAGAAUACUGAUGUUGGUAUUUUGUCCGAAUUAGAUAAGCAACAAAUCUACGUAACACAUGAAACCCCUUCUUGUCUGAUGUAGAGUUCUCUGUACUCGAUAGAUUUGAAGGUGUUCUUCAAUGUGAAAAGUGACAGAAGUGAGAACAAUCAAAACACCACAUAGGAAUGGUCAGAGCAAGCUUCUUACUGGUAAAAACCCAACAAGAAGUAGUGUGCCCUGGCCUCUUUUUUGGUCCUUCUGCACACCUCUACCCCACACAAUUUCUCUUGUUUGUGAUGCCAUGGCACCUCUCCCUUUAUAAGAAACUCCAUUCUGUCUCAAUUCAUGAGUUAAUCCUGAAACUGUAAAAAUUUACAAUUAGCUAAAGACAAAAAUGGUUGUACAGUUUCACAAUGCUGCCCGUAUUUUGUUAAAGGGAGUUUCACUGAAGAGGCUAAGAUGGUGUUACUUGUAGUGAAGCUUGGUCACAAUUUAUGCAGGACUGUUUGUUUUUCCCUGCGCUUUGUCCUUUCUAUGUAAAUGUUGGAGGCACGCUUAUUGUCAUGCACAUAUCAACAUGUGACUAAUACUUGAAGCUUGAUAUGCUACAAUGUUGCUUCUUCUUUUAUGGUUGCCAGGCCAUUAUUUCUGACUGCACUUUUCCCGAACUGUACUGUGCAGAGUUUCUUUCAUGGGCAAUGUCCUCCAGCUUUUCUUGCACCAUCACCCCAAACUACUAGUAGGCCCAUCAAUAGCGAACAGUGUGAGGUUUCACCAUUUUGAACAUCUUACUUUUAUAAUGAGGCAGACACCAGCACUUUAAAAUGAUGGAAAAAUGAGAGUGUUUGAGAAAGGGUGAGUAUUUAGACGACCUAAGGAUCUACAGCAACUCCACACCAGUAUUCCACUGUGCUAAAGACAGACCUACACAUAUAUGGCAGAUCCUCCUUAAUUAAGUUAUUGUGAUACGCGUACUGCAUGAGUUUGCUUUAAACUGCACAUUAGUCUUUAUAUCUUGUUUCAUGGGGUUUGCUUAAGGAAGUGCAGAGGGGUUCAGCGGGGUAUUUGGCAAUAUUACUCAAUUGUAAAUAAACAGAUGUACACUUUUCGCAUCA